CAACAAUUUUGCGGCUUGGCUUUGAUCUUUUUCCCUCCAUCACCACGACAAGAGCCAGACGAUUGAUCCUCCAACUCAUCAAUCCAUCAAUCGCCCAACAUGGCCCCUUCCCAGCUCCCCCCGGUUUUCAACCCUACCGCGCAGGACAUUGAGAUGCUCCUUGCCGCUCAGUGCCACCUUGGUUCCAAGAACCUUCAGGUGCACAUGGAGCCUUACCUCUGGAAGCUCCGCGCCGAUGGUGUCAACGUCCUGAACAUUGGCAAGACCUGGGAGAAGAUCGUCCUGGCCGCCCGUAUCAUCGCCGCCAUCGACAACCCCGCCGAUGUCUGUGUCAUCUCCGCUCGUCCCUACGGCCAGCGUGCUGUCCUGAAGUUCGCCUCCCACACCGGUGCCACCGCCAUUGCCGGUCGUUUCACCCCCGGUAACUUCACCAACUACAUCACCCGCUCUUUCAAGGAGCCCCGUCUCAUCAUCGUGACCGAUCCUCGCACUGAUGCCCAGGCCAUCAAGGAGGCCUCUUACGUCAACAUCCCCGUCAUUGCCCUUUGCGACACUGACUCCCCCACCGACUUCGUCGAUGUUGCCAUCCCCACCAACAACAAGGGUCGCCACGCCAUCGGUCUCGUCUGGUGGAUGCUCGCCCGUGAGGUCCUCCGUCUCCGCGGUACCCUCGCUACCCGCGAGACCGAGUGGGAUACCGUUGUCGAUCUCUACUUCUACCGCGACCCCGAGGCCGAGGAGAACAAGGAGAUUGCUGAUGAGACCAAGGUCCCCGGCGCUGAGGAGAUCGGUGCUGGUGCCGUCGAGUCCGGCUUCGCUGGUGAGAACUGGGAUGCCUCCGCCCCCGGUGCUGGUAACCCCGGCACUGCCUUCGCUGCUGCCUCCGCUGCCACCGCUACCGCUGGUGCCACCAGCUGGGAUGCCGAGGGUGCCGACUGGGCUGCCAGCUCCGCUCCCGCUACCACCGAGUGGGCUGAGGCUCAGCCCGCCGCUGGUGAGGCCAAGUGGUAAAUUGCUCCGCGGUGACGAGGAUAGUCGU